AUGCAUCUUCUCGCCGCUCUUUCAGUCAUGCUGUUUGUACCCGCAUUCGCGCGUGCUCUCGCGCCGACGCGUUCGUCUGACUCCGCCCGCCGUGGACUCGCGCCGGAGCUACCGAAGUCCCCCCUGCAGCUACCAGAUCCGCUUCCUUGCAACAACGCCGAGCGUCUCCGCCUCGGACUCCCUCUCAAGAAACCUCGCUGGCGCACGUCGUCAUCUAAUGGGCCAGUCCCGAAGCGAGCCACGCCGUCGAGCAUACCGGUGACAUACUCGGGCGCCCUUCGCGUUCUGAACCUCGACGACGCGGGUUCCGUACUCGGCUACGUCGGCGGCACGUUGAACGAAUGGGGAGAGUACGGUAUCGUGGCCGACGUCGAGGACGCGCUUUUAGUCUCAUUCACCACCGCAGACCCCACUCAGCCCUUCGAAAUCUCUACCCCCUCACAGGGCACGUACCCGUAUCUAGGUGCGACGGUCGGUUACAGCAGCACGGACGACGAUCUUGCGGUCGGCUCGUACAAUUACGCAUACCUGAACGGCGUCGUCGACGACACAUCUUCCAGCACGCCGGCGGUCGCUGAGCUAAGCUCGUUCACGGUCAGGACCGGUUACCUCAGGUAUUCAGAAAGCGCCAUCUGGACGUACGACCUCGAUACGUGUCUGUUCUCUGCCCAAUGGACGAAUACAGACGGAAGUGCACCCGCAACGGAGAUUGUGUACGAGGCGGAAGAUAACGCGAUUGCGUUCACGGGAGACGUAGCCGCUUUCGUAGACGCCAUCGGCACGUCGCCCCGCGUGGCACUGCAGCUCGUCGAGAGUUGA